AUGGGCUGCAGCAGCGGCAUUCCUCAUCCCUCAAAGACUCGUCGACUCUCUGGCCUUCCGUUUUACAGCCAAAGCUUUUCGCGCUUUCCCCAAGAGGCACUUACGACGUCGUUCCCAGUUCGUUCCAACCAGCAAGCUUUUCACAAAGUUGUCACUUGCUGUACUGCAUCAGUCUCAGCCUCCGAUGAUGCCUUCACUUGGGACGACGUCGUUAAGAUAUCCAAACCGGUUCAUAUCUCAGGGGCUACUCGGAAAAGAUCAAAAUCUGCAAUUGCGCUUUCCUUGGGAUCGCACUCUGAGUUCCUUCCCUUUGUAAUUGAAGACCAUUCACAAAGGAAAAUUCAGACUCUAAUGACGGUUGCAUUCAUCGCUGAAAACAGGACGAGAGCUGUGGGAGAUGUAAUCAAAAGCUUUGGGGAAGAACAUAGUCCAGUGCCUCGACAUGGAGGUUCUGUGGAAGGGCUUGAUGAUAAUAAAGUUUUGGAGGCUUAUGGAGUGCACAUGAAUGGCUAUGUUGAGAAGGAUGGGAAGAAGUUUCUAUGGAUAGAGAAGAGAAUUGCUGGUGGACUGCCUCCGGACCUUGAUGAAAUAACACGGUCAUUCCCUGACCCCGAAAGAGAUGGAUUUACAUGA